UGGUGUCAGCGGCGGCAGAGGAGGAGGAGUGUGACUGUCUCCGCUCACUUCUCCACAGCGAGGGGACUCCGAGAAUAAACAUUUCCCACAGACUACACGCUCCACACUUCGGCUCGGCCACAGGCGCAACGCGUUAAAAAAAAAACAAAACAAAACAGAUAUUUCUAAAAAAAUUUUCUUUCUUUUUCUUUUUUUUUUUUUUUUUUUUUUUUUUUUUUUUUGGACUAAAUGAUUUUUUUAUUCUUACAGCCUACCCCGCCAUUUUUGCUUCCUGCCAAAAGUGUCAAGACAGAUGCGACCGUUUUCAUUGGAUUUGCCUCCUCCUGUCGAAUAAUAACGAUGCGUCUGUCCGGCUGACCGUGGGGUGGACAACGCAGGAUAGGGAAGGCUGUUUGUGUCGAGAGGCGGCACAGGCGCAUAUGGAUAUAGCGCUGAAAACGCUGCAUAAAGAAGUGGAGAAUAAACCCGGUUGUGUACGGUGCCAUAGCCUUCUGAUUCACCUGACGUCUACAUUUCCACGGCUGCCACACGACCAGCAAAUAACACCCAAGGUCCCUGAUGUGAGAUCUGCAAAGCUGAAAGGCGCCACUGGCAGAACCACAGCCAGGCCUUAGGACAGACAUCCCAAACAUCCACAGCCACGGAAUGUGUCAACAUCUUUGUGGUGAAAUCCCGCUUACUCCUCUCCUGCUACUCACAUAAGCCUGGAGCUGGGCCUUCUGGGAUCCCACUGUGUUUAAAGGCACAACACAAUGCCUGGGAGGCCCACCUGUCCCAGAUUGCCUCCAACCAUGUUUGCUGUUUUACCACAGUGCUGACUGUGCACACUACACACAAGGAUCACUUCCAAGCAGUGCAUCCUUUCCACCCCCGCAGACUCUCUCUGUGCCAUUACCUGCCCUCUUUUUGGUAUUUAGGAAGUACAUGCCACUGUCAACCAGAUGACCUAGUGGACGUUGUUUCCCAGUGCUGAACCAUACGAGGGGAUCCUAGUAUUGAACAUGACUCAUGGGGAGGAGCCUGGCCCUGAGACACACAAGGAUUCAGCUGUUCUAACUUAUCUGGAAGGUUUACUGAUGCAUCCAGUGGUGGCCGGGCCUGGGGCCACGGCAAGCGGGAGGUCUGAAGCUGCCCACAGCAACCAGGAGCAGGGUGAUAAGUCAGGCAGGCCGUUCCAACUGCCUAACCAUGGCCCCACAGCUCCAAAGGCUGGAACAAAUGGGCCCUCACUAGGUGCUUCGCAGCACUUGAAGAAGGCCCGCCUACUGCGCUCUGGGGCCUGGAAUGACCCAGGGAACCAGCAGAUGAGCUCACCUUCAAUUGAGCUGAAUGGCCAAGGGGGAGGCCUGCAAAAUGGAGCACUGGAGGGUUCUCCUCAUGGUGGUGAGAGCACCCUGCUGGCCUCCCUGCUUCAGUCAUUCAGUUCACGACUUCAGAAUGUGGCAAUGUCCCAGAACUCUAAUAAGCCCCUUAGUGAGGCGUCUUCUCCCUCUAAGGUGCCACCUGCAGACAAAGAGCCACUUCCUGUGUACGGGACAGCCUCAAGCCGCCUAAAGGGCCUCAUGAGGAAAAACAAACUUCAGAAUCACAGCAACACGCCUUACAGUCGCAGGGGACACAGUCAGGACAGACCCCCAGAAUCACCUCGUUCUGCACACAGUGCCACGCCGCCCUCCGCCCCCUCAUCAGCGGAUUCCGUGUCCUGUGCAGAGCGUUUGAAGGCUGUUGCAAACAUGGUGAAAAUUCGCUCGAGUCCAGCACCUUCACCAAAGCCCAGUGUGGCCUGUAGUCAGCUGGCCCUGUUGCUGUCCAGUGAAGCCCAUCUCCAACAGUACUCCAGAGAACAUGCUCUUAAAGCCCAGCUCUCUGGACGAUCUGCCAGCGAACGACUAGCAGCCAUGGCAAACCAGCAGGAGAAAAGGCCACCUAGUGUGGGAGGGACUCUGCCCGGAGCCCCAGACACACUAAGCUCCUUAACAACCCAAAACGGAAUGACAACAACCACAGUAACAACAACACUCCCUCGAAUGGGCAUGUCUAGUCCACAGAGUCCCUCCUUGCUGCGUGGCCACAGCCAAAGCUCCCCACCCACUCCCACACAUACUCUAAACCACACCCACAGCCAGCCACCUAGGGAGAAGCGAAGCUUUGACUCCCGUCCAACUCGUCCACCUCAGACAUGCAGCAGCUUACUGCUACUUCUACUCAACAAUCACAACAACCAGAAGCAACUGACUAAGAAUGGUCACCUGGAGGACAGCUGUGGCAUUUUGCCACUGAGCGGCUCCUCCUCGGUCACAUCAGACAGUGAGUGUUCGACCCAGGAGAGAAGCCUGGCCAAGGACAGCAGUGACGCAGAGAGCUCCUACUCCAGCUGCUCCCCCAUCGACCUUUCCAUGAGAAGCAGAGCUAAUACAGAUGCAGCCCCCAAAACUAGCACCCCCUCUACCUCCUUCACCCCCGCCUCCUCCUCCUCCACUACAGUGUUUUCCUCUGCUCCCACUGCUUUCUCCCCUCGAUCUUCUGUUCAGUCCUCCACCUCAACCUUUUCACCAUCCCCUGUUGUUCUUUCCUCUGUCUCUACUGUUAAUACUUUAUCUUCUUCCUCCUCUUUCUCUACCUCCUCCCUGGACAAACUAACAGAAUCUUUAAUAAACAAGUGGAAACCAGAACCGUCAGGGUCAAAGGUCUCCAAGUCUGAAAUGAGUCCUGACCUAAAAUCACACCCUAAGGUCACACUUAUGCAGCUCCUUCUUGAGCGCAGAAAUAAUGAGAUGGUAAAUAAAAGUGUAGGUAACCAGGAUUUACCACUUGACAUUACUAUGGCCACCAUGUCUCGGAGCCAACCGAAGGCACUGGUGCCCUGGGAGGAGAGCAGGACAAAGAGUCCCACAGAUAGGCCUGUAGCCCCAGCCCAGCCUCCUUACCCUCUUAGUCGUGACCCUAGUGGCGCACAGUCCCCAUAUUCCUACCCCUCACCCCAUGUUCAGUCCAGCCCAUUGGAUUUGUGUAAAUCUAAAACCUUCCCUGCUGAAAAGGCCUCAGAGCCGGCCUUCAGUGCCAGUAAACUCUUACAGAAUCUGGCUCAAUGUGGAACAACUUCCCCCCCACCACCCAUCCCUUCUAGUAAAGGGCUGGCACCAGAGCUGGACACCAAUCGGCCUCUUGCCCUGUUGGAGAGGCUUAAUGCUCCAAUCCACAGGACCACCACCACUCCACUCUCUGACGGACCCUCAGGCAGUGGUACACCUUAUAGCAGAAAGGAAGCCACACCUCCUUCCUCACAGAUUGAGAACCUUCUGGAGCGUCGUACUGUGCUGCAGCUUCUUCUAGGAACAGGCUCAGCCUCUGCCACAGGCAGCCGCAAAGACAGACCCAGUGGGAGUGGGAGGAGAAGUGUGGAGGUGGCAGGGGUUAACUAUGAGAAGAGCCCCAGUUCUUCCAUCAUGUGUGACAGCUCCAAUGGACCCUCUUUAGAUGUAAAGGUCAAAACGGAGCUCAUGGACGACAUGGGGCAGUCCUCGGGCACAUCUGAUGACUUCAAUAGCAGAAAGAGACCAAGUAGCUAUGGAAAGAGUAGCCCUCUGUCAGAAUCUCAGCAGGACUUAAAAACAGAACCACGCCCUGCAGAGGUUAUAGCGAAAUAUGGCCUCUUGAGUCAGUUGCUAAAACAACAGACUGCUACUUAUUACACUAGUACUGCUGUGCAGGUUGAGUCGCAGCCUAAAACAAUUAAAGAGGAGCAGAGGGAGUUUCCGAGCCCCAGUCCAAAGAAAAGACGUCUUUGCUCAGAUCGGACUGACACUUUGAACAAUAGCAGCUCUCCGAGGGCCAUGGACGGUGGCGACACCGUCAGCUUUGCUUCUCCUGUGUUUCAGGAGGAGUGUGACCAGCAGAGGAGUCCAAAGGAAGAGGAGGCUCCACCGCGAAGUCCUCCCAGUGAAACCCUAACCAGAGAGAGUCGGGGGUUCAAUGUGCUUAAACAGCUGCUGCUAUCAGACAACUGCUUAAAGGAGCUUUCCCAGCAGCCUCGUGGGGCGCCCAGUCCUUCCAUCCUGCAGGCGAACGGCAAAGCCAACGGCAGCAUCCUCAGUCAGCCCACUCACAAUCACAGCUUCCUCAACCUGCCCGGCUGGCACCCUCACAGCCCCCUCAGCUCAGGGCUACAGGGUAAUCUCAGACCACUGCCUACCCCCCCAACGAGUGACGGUCCCAAUCGCAGCCCGUGGGGCCGCCAACCGGCUCCGUGGCCCGUCUCUCAAAAACGGGACCCCCCGACUCUAGUCAAACAGGAGCCCGAGAGCCCUGGGAGGUGGAGUGGUCAUGAGAAGGAGGAGGAGGAGGGCUGUGACUCUAACCCAGACUCCCCCCGACUCUCCCGCUCCAACCCCAUCCUUUAUUACAUGCUGCAGAAGGGCAGCCUUCAGCUGAGGAAGGAGAUGAAGGAGCAGGCGGAGGGAGGCCAGUCUGUGGUCAGAGUUAAAGAAGAACCAAUCAGUGACAUGCAUGCAUAUGAACACAGUCUGAGCUCCACCCCCCAAUCACCGACCCACAAUGACAAGCACAGCCAUAAGAGCCAAGGGCUGAGCCAAUCAUCUGAAUAGAGGUUGUAUCAACUACAAGAAAAUGGAAAAUAAAUUCAUUGACUCUUUUUCUCUUUUUUUAACAACUUGCCAAAUUGGUUUGAUGAGACAAAUAGCAAUUGCAAAAAAUGUUUUUGUUCAGCAGAGCAAGUUCAAAUCUAAAUGCAUAACGGCAUUGCUUUUUCAAUUUUACAUUACGUGGUCAUGGAAAGGUGCAAAAUAGACCAGUCUCAGCAAAAUGUCUGAUUCAACCCAAACACAACAGUCAAAAUGGAAGUUUUUAAUUGUCAUUGAUAAUCGUGUAUGACAUAUUGCUUUUUGUCAAUAUCAGAGUCCUCCUUUGGAAUCGGUCACUUUACACGUAUCCUUUGUUUCAGAAUUAUACACAUAUCACUGUUCCAUGUCUUCUUUGUUGCUUGACAUUAAACAUUUAAAAAGAACAUUUCAAGCAACAUGUAUUAUUAACGACUCCAAAAAUGUUAGCGCUCAGUUCAGUGGACAUUUAUUUAUUUUCCUCCAUUAAAACAUUUUCAGAUGGACGGAACCCCAUCAAUUUUAGAUAAGAUUCCAAAUAAAGUGAUUCUAGGGCAGUCACAGCAGUCUAUUACAACAAUGUACAAGACAGACUCAUUCAAAGGAGGACUCUGACAACAGUUUUUCACUGCAGUAGCUUCAGUGAGGGUCCUACAGCUAUGAACGCUUUACCUCCUCAAGAUACAUAGAGUGGUUUAAUUACCAACAGAGGUCUGAAUGGUCACAACUCAUUGUAAUUUGCUUUUAUUUGAAUUGAGCUUUUUAAGGGCAAUUUUCGACAGUGCAAAUUCAGGGUAAUGUGUUUGCAGAUUGUGCAGUUUUGAGCAGAUGGGUCAACAGAGCGUAUGUGGUGCUUACAGUUGAGCAACUGUGUGUAAACAGGUUUCUAGAGCAACAGUUAAAAGGCUGCAGCAUCUGACAAAGUUAUCUUACAGUCCUAGUUAAACCAGCACCACUGUUAUGCACUUCAUGCACACAACAACUAUGCGUGUGAACACGUGGCUUAAUUUUUAAUGUUUUCUUUCUCCAGUUUUUGUGAAGAUGCACCCAGAAUUUGCACUAUCGAAGCCAAGUCCUCAGUGCUUUUUCAGAAUAAUUUAAUAGCAUGUAAUUAAAAUUUUCAGUAUUGUUAUCUGUUGAGAAUUUGACAGUUUGUGAUUUAUUUUUUCUUUUUUUAUUAUUAUUUCUUAACUGUUGUGGUUUAUGUACAUCUUAUUUUUGUGGCAUUCUCUUAACUCAGAAAAUGUCAAAAGAAUUGCAUGAUAAUAAAGAGAAGACCACAGGUACAUUAUUGUUUCUCAAAGCAGCUGGAUAUGUGUACCUGCCCCCCAAAAAAAUCACCGAGGUAUCUUGGUGUCUUGAGGGAUAUCUGGUAUCUAGCUUCUAAUUUUGAUUGUACUGUAUUCUUUUCAGUAUCAAUUAAUUUCACACAUGCUUUAUCCAUUUAGUCUUGUGAUCUUUUUAAUACAUAUACCUAUGAAGUACGUCUCUUCGAUUAUUAAUACAUUUUCACAAUGGUUAAAUAUAUUUGUGUAAAUAGUACUUUCAGUAUGAAAGAUGACUAUUUUGUAAUGUUUAAGAAAAGAUAUUACCCUAGUUUUUAAUGCCCUGAUAUGUAAAUAUGAAUUAUAUGCGUACAACUGUACAUAAAAAGGCAGAGGAUGCUAUGCCCAUCUUUUUUGGUUGGUUUGUUUUUUGCAUGUGUCUCUAUGUGGUAAAUGAUAAUCUAUCCUGCGCUGUGUUGUGUAAUAAUGUCUGACUCUCCUCACUGCUGCCUGUUGCAUGCAGACGCAUGGGAACUACCUGUGUAUCCCUACUGGUGAUUGGGGAAAAUGUCAAGUCUUAAAAUAGGUCUUUUUUUUAUCACAGAGAGAGGUUCGUUUAGAAUAUGAACAGUCUCUAAAUAACCACAGACUGUUGAGCAAGAUGAUAAAAAUGUGUGAAAAAUAAACGUGCAUUGAAUAUUUUUGUGAUUUUUUUUUUUUUCUUUUCUUUUUCUUUUCUGUUACUGGUUAACAAAAAGCUCUGUGAAAGAGCUCGGGGCUAUAGUGGGGGAUUGACGUACAAUCAUAGAUCUGCAUUGUGCAUCUGAGAAAUACAUUUGUAGCAGCAAAUAUAAAAAAAAAAGAUGUUUCAUUUUUUCAUGUGAAGACCUGAAACAUUAUUUCAUUUUUUAUGUUUUCAUUUUUGGUGUUCAUUUGCACUGAUAUCUCCAAAAUAAAGUACUAAAAUGCAUGA